AUGUCAUUCUUCACUGGUAACCUGAUGCAGUGUGGAUAUGAAUGGGCUCCAUCCAUCUGCAUCAGAGCCUCCAACCGACCUGUUAGCGGAAACAUCUUAAAAAACAAAGCUGUCGAGUUUGCUGCUGACCUGAACGUUGAUGCCUUUAAGGCAUCCAACGGGUGGCUUGAUCGUUGGAAGAAACGCCACGAGAUUGUGUUGAAGAGAGCGCAGGGAGAGCAGAAAGGUGCAGAUGUUUCUUCUGGGGACAGCUGGGUUGAAAAGGGACUGCCUGCGGUUCUUCAGCGCUACCAGCCAGGCGAUGUGUACAGUGCUGACCAGACCGGACUUUAUUAUCGUGCUCUGGCAUGUGGUUCCCGCGCUUUCAAGAAAACCGCGCACCUUGAAGACCGGGUCGCGCUCUUGGUUUGCUGCAGCAUGACUGGUGAAAAGAGGCCUCUUUUGUUAAUUGGAAAAUCCCCCAAACCCCGUUGUCUCCGUGGAGUUAGUAAUCUGCCCAUCUCUUACACUUACAGCUCCAACGCGUGGAUGACAUCGUAUAUUUUCGAGCGGUGGCUGAAACAGUGGGACACAUCUCUCAAAGCCCAGCGUCGCCAUAUCGCGCUCUUUGUGGAUAACUGCCCUGCUCAUCGUGCGAUCAAACUUGACAGCAUUGAAUUGAUUAUUCUGCCAGCAAAUGUAAGCUCUCCGAUACAGCCGUGUGACCAGGGGGUCAUCCCCGCACUAAAAGCACACUACAGUCGAUUGAUUGCUUCCAAGAGUCUCGCUGCGGUGGACGGUGUGCAGCCUGCACCGGAGCUUGCAAGGAUAGACCUGUUUACAACUAUGCUGUUGAUCAAGGAAAGCUGGGACGCUGUACAAAGUGAAACCAUUGUUAACUGCUUCCGCACAGCUGGCUUUUCCAAAGAGGGCGGCCCGGCGUCGGUGAUUAAGGAGGAAGCGAUUGUCCUAGACCGGUUUCCAGAGGAUGAGCUCAGUGCUUUCACCGGGGCGGAUAACGAUGCGGAAUGCAUUGAGCCGUUGGGAGAUGAGCAAGUCGUGGGGGGUAAACCGUCUGCUGCUUCUGCCUCAGAUGAGGAAGCUGCCGUACGCAGCCCAGGCUUGCUCACAAUUCAACCGGAGAGAGCGGAGUAG